GUGCCGCCGCCCUGUGCUCGCCGUCGGUGGGCGAGCGCGGGGUCGGAGGGCGUGCGGCCUGGGCCCGGCGCUUUCGGUUCACGGAAGCGCCGGGCCCCGGAGCUGAGGGGGCUGUGCUGGAGGUCCGCGUCCCGCAGGUCCUGCAUCUGCAGUAUGGAAUGUACAUCUGGCCCUGUGCUGUGGUCCUGGCCCAGUACCUAUGGUUUCACAGAAGAUCUCUGCCUGGCAAGGCUGUCUUAGAGAUUGGAGCUGGAGUAAGCCUUCCAGGAAUCGUGGCUGCAAAAUGUGGUGCUGAAGUAAUACUGUCUGACAGUUCAGAACUUCCUCACUGCCUGGAGAUCUGUAAGCAAAGCUGUCAAUUGAAUAACCUGCCUCAGGUACAGGUCAUAGGAGUGACAUGGGGCCACAUCUCUCCGGAUCUUCUAGCCUUACCACCACAGGACCUUAUUCUUGCAUCUGAUGUAUUUUUUGAGCCAGAAGAUUUUGAGGACAUCUUAACUACAGUGUACUUUUUAAUGCAGAAGAACCCCAAGGUUCAAUUGUGGUCAACAUACCAGGUUAGAAGUGCUGACUGGUCACUUGAAGCUUUGCUCUACAAAUGGGAUAUGAAAUGUGUCCAUAUUCCCCUUGAGUCCUUUGGUGCAGACAAAGAAGAGAUAGCUGAAUCUGCCCUUCCAGGAAGACAUACUGUUGAAAUGCUGGUCAUCUCCUUUGCAAGGGACAGCGUAUUGAAAUACUGAUUAGCCUGGCCACUUCAGCUUCUCAAGCAAGUAACAGCCAGCAUCAGCCAGAUCUGCUGGCCUUAAGAUUGUCACUUGUUACCUAGACUACACCCAUAAUCAGGAAACUAAUAAAAUUAAAAUACUCAUGAAGCUUA